UUGCUAUCAAUCUUGGAUUCUUGUUCUAGUUUUUGUUGUCUGUAGUGUAAUGGUGCAGCAAAGCUAAGAAUGGAUUCUCAGAAAGUCAACAGGGUAAUAUUACCUGGAGAUGUUCUUGGUGAAGUGACUGAAAAGGUAAAAUUGCGAUUUGGUCCUGGAAUUCGCCGUGGAGGUGAUGAGAUAAUUGCUACGAAAAGUGGAAUACUUCGUCACCGACGACCCGUGACAUAUUGGAUUGACAACAACCAACGACGAUAUGUACCAGUUGUGGAUGAAUUCGUGAUCGGUGUGGUGACUGGAAAGCCAUCCAUGGACGUUUAUCGAGUUGAUAUUGGCGGCAGCAUGCCCGCCUCAUUGUCAUACCUGAACUUUGAAGGUGCGACGAAACGCAAUCGGCCCGCUGUACAGGUUGGUGACACCAUCUACGGUCAGUUGAUCGUUGCCAGCAAGGAUAUGGAGCCCGAGAUGACAUGUGUCAGCGUGGCAGGAAAAGCCAAUGGAAUGGGUGUCCUGGAAGGUGGUCUCAUGUUCCAGUGCUCGCUUGGCUUAAGUCGCAAGCUUCUAGUUACCAACUCUCCGAUUCUGGCUGCGUUCGGCAAGCGCUUCCGCUUUGAGAUAACAGUGGGGACAAACGGUCGCGUAUGGGUGAAGUCCCCUUCGAUUGGUCAGACAAUUGCUCUUUGUAACAGCUUGGAUGCGGCAAGUCAGAUGACAAUGGAGCAGAUCGAAGCUAUGCUCUCGAAAUUGGAGAAAGCUGCUCACAACUGAUUGUCUGUGUCAUGAGUGCUUGUAUUAUUCUCAUUCCAUUUUGAACCCCUUCUUACCAGCCAGUACAUGUACAUUUUUAAAUCUGGGCUUGGCUAGUAUUCUGGUUCCUUGUACAUACUUUUUACCUGUACGAAGUUAAGGAGUCGUACCAUUUUUGCUUUUUUGAUUUGGAUUGGCUAGUAGUAGCCUGAUUCCUUGUACAUACUUUUACCUGUACAAAGUUAAGGAGUUGUACAAAUACCUUUUUAAUGUUUCCUCUUCAAGUGUAUGAAGAUACUCAGUUUAACUUGUACAUUUUGUAUAUACUUUUGAGCUUCAAUCUCAUUAUCCUAAUGCUUACUUUAGUCUGCUGUAACAAGUUACAUGACGCUUGCAGUAUAGUGUAUAGAAAAUGGUGUGCAUAAUAAACAAUCUUUUUUUUGACAUUCUAAGUCACAGUGACUACUUGAGGCUAUUAUUCUCUCUGCGUGGA